UGUGACGCCACUAAUCCCAGCACUACAAAUCACAGGUCCCUUCCUCUUCUGGUCCACACGGAUCCCUGCGACACUCGGCCGGCUACUUCACAUUUGCAUACGGCUGUGCAAAGCUGAUUGGAAGAGCAGAAAACAUGGCUGUCGUCACUGGAACUUACCGUGUGGUUUCAGAAGAGGAGCAGGCUCUCAGGGCCAAGCUGGAGCAUCUCACCAUCAAAGACCACGGACCAGUGUUCGGACCCUGCCCCAACCUGCCAGACCACACCAAGCAGAAGGCCAAAGAUGAGCUGAAUGAGACAGAUGAGAAGCGUGUGUCAGCAGUGAAGGAGCUGCGAGCUAUCAUUAAGGAAAAGGCAGAUGCUGGAGAUGAUCUGGCUAAAGGGGUGCAGGACACCUUUGGGGAGAAACCAGACACCCUGCUGGUUCGCUUCAUCCGUGCCAGGAAAUACGAUGUGGCCAGAGCCUUUGACCUUAUGAAGGGAUAUGUCCGUUUCAGGAAGGAUUACCCCGAGCUGUUCGAAAACCUGACCCCAGAGGCUGUACGCAGCACCAUUGAGGCCGGCUACCCCGGCAUCCUCCACAGCAGAGACAAAUAUGGACGUGUGGUUCUGCUCUUCAACAUUGAGAACUGGGACUACGAGGAGAUCACCUUUGAUGAGAUCCUGCGUGCCUACUGUGUGAUCCUUGAGAAGCUGCUGGAGAAUGAGGAAACUCAGAUCAAUGGCUUCUGCAUCAUUGAAAACUUCAAGGGCUUCACCAUGCAGCAAGCCGCAGGAAUCAAACCUACUGAGCUCAAGAAGAUGGUGGACAUGUUACAGGACUCUUUCCCUGCCCGUUUCAAAGCUGUGCACUUCAUCCACCAGCCCUGGUACUUCACCACCACCUACAAUGUGGUGAAACCACUCAUGAAGAGCAAGCUGCUAGAGAGAGUGUUCGUCCAUGGAGAUGAGAUGGAAAACUACUAUAAGGAGUUCGACCCUGAAAUUCUUCCAUCUGAAUUUGAUGGAAAAGGUUCCAAGUAUGAUGGCAAGGCCACAGCGAACAAGCUGUUUGACUAAUCGUCCUCCGUCCUGUUGCCAACAGUCUGAGGGCUGCGAUGCAGUGAAAAUAAAAUAAAAAAAUAAUCCAGCUGUGUGGUUGUAGGAAGAAUAGUCACGAAUGAAACAUAGGAGAGUGUGAGAAGUUGAAGAAGUCAGUUUUCUAAAUGUUCUGAUAAAACCCAGUCAUACAGGAGAGGGAUAUCAAUAAGCUGACAGCUUUAACUUUCCAGUCUCUAACUCCUGCAUGUUUGAUCACUGAGAGAACAAAAAUUUCCAGUGGUUUUGUAAUUUCAUAAACCUACUAUCCAAAAAGAUAGCAAUUUAAACAUAGCGUAGAAAAAGCAAUUUGUCACACUGAUUAUUUAAGUCAUUUUUGAUUUAUUGCCUUCCACAUGAAAUGAGAAAUGUUGUCCAGCAGCCACUGAUUUCCCACCUCAACAUUGGAGAACUUCCAGGAAGAUUUUAACACACACUGUGGUCACAGCUGAAUCCCCGUGACGCAAUGGGAACAAAAACAACAAAGUGUUCUCUGUGGUGGAUGAGGGUGAAUUUUUAAACACGUCAGCAUUUAUCCUGUUGAUUUUAAACACUGGACAAGAUGUUUCCAGUUCACAAAAACUGAACAUCUUCUUUUAAGCAUAUUCAAAUUACGAUAAAUCCACUACUGUCCACUUUCGACAACUUUGAACACUCUUCUGUGUCAAGUUGGGUUAUAUUUGAACUGCACCCAUACAGCUCGUUCUAACAGUGGCAGGCCCCAGCUUCCUCAGAUCCACCCUCUAGUCCCUGUCUCUUGUGUGUUUCUUUGUUUAGAUUCAUUUCCAGUAAAAAAGUUUUACCCAACCUUGUACACCAGUAACAAUGUCAAUAAAUGUCAAAUAAACAGUAUUUAAAUACA